AUGUGCCUGCUGUUCAGUAAGUUUUUGGUGUUUUAUGUCAUUUUUAUGGAUGUGUUGGAUUGUCUGGAGCCUAUGCAUGGUUGCCACUUGCCAGCUGUUCCUAUCUAUGGGUACCUGAGGCAGCCAGGAGAUCUGGUGAUUGGAGGAACUUUUCCUGUUCAUGUGGACAGAAGCUACACUGAAAACACAUUUACCAGCAAGCCAGAGGACCUCAAAUGCAAGCUCCUUGAACUUGACAAUUACCAGAGAAUGCAAGCCAUGAUAUACGCCAUAGAAGAGAUUAACAAGAAUCCAGGCCUUCUUCCCAAUAUCACCCUGGGCUACCAGAUCUUCGACACUUGUACUGUACUCAGACGGGCAAUAGAAGGAACUCUGUGGAUGUUAUCUGGAGGAAAAGAAAGCAUUCCAAAUUAUCAGUGUGAACAAACAGGCACUCUUGCUGGUAUCGUUGGUGACUCUGCGUCUACACGCUCCAUUCUAAUGGCACACGUUUUAGGUCUUUAUAGAUAUCCACAGGUACAAAAUAAUACUUUUCUUAAAGCUGAACUCUGGAUAUUAAAAAUCUGUAGACUUUACCUUACAAAUGAUAAUAUGAUUCCUCUCAUUUCAUUUUUUUUUAAUCCACAGAUAAGCUACUCCUCAACCAGCCCAACUCUCAGCAACAGAAAAGUCUUUCCUUCUUUCUUUCGUACCAUACCUAGUGAUGUAUUUCAGUCCCGAGGUCUUGCUAACCUAAUCCUGUAUUUUGGUUGGUCAUGGGUUGGCUUUCUAGCAAGCGAUAAUGACUAUGGUCAACUAAGUCUCCAGGCGGUAAAGCAGGAAUUAAUCAAUUCUGGUGCAUGUGUAGCUUUCAUAGAAACUAUUAUGACCGGCCAGGCCAACAGGAAUGCUCCACACAUUGUCAAAGUUAUCAAGGGGUCAACAGCCAAAGUUGUGGCAGUGUUGGCUUCCAAACCAGAAUUUUUACCAGUUGUAGAAGAGUUAGCAAAACAGAAUGUGACUGAUAUAAUCUGGAUAGCCAGUGAAGCAUGGUCAACCUCUAAUCUUCUUUCUAAAGAGAAGUAUCAGCACGUCUUGAUGGGCACUCUUGGGUUUGCUGUCCAUGCAGGGCAGUUGCCAGGAUUUAUGGAGUAUCUGAACAGCUUACACCCAUCAAAAGCUCCAAAUGAUUUAUUCAUAAUAGAGUUUUGGGAGCAACUUUUUUCUUGCAGAUGGAUUAACCACCUGAAUUUGGAUGACAGGAUAAGUAACAAAACAGCACAAGACUGCACUGGGGAAGAAAAACUGGGGAAGUCAAUGCUGAAAGUUGAUUUUGGAGCAACCUUUAUGGUCUACACUUCAGUUUAUGCAUUUGCAUGGGCCUUACAAAAUCUACUUCACUGCCAGAAAGGACAAGGCCCAUUUCAUAAUGGAUGUGCAAACAUUUUGUCAUUUGACCCUUGGCAAGUACGUUACUUGUAUUUUUCGCAAAGUCGAUUGAUUAUAUGUUUUGCUUGUUUUGCUUUAAAUCCCUCUCUUCUUAAUGUUGUUUUCCAGCUUCUCCAUUAUAUUAAAAGAACAAGGUUUCAGACUACAGACAAGACAAACAUAUUUUUUGAUGACAAUGGGGAUCCUCCAGCCCUUUAUGAUAUUGUGAACUGGCAGAUAAGUUCUACUGGGUCCUUGGAGCAAGUUAUAGUAGGAAGAUAUGACUCCAGCUCCACAGAUGAGAACAUCAUGAGUCUAAACCAUGCUGGCAUUGUAUGGGUUAAUAACAAAACAAUGGUUCCACCAUCAAAGUGCAGUUCUAGCUGUUCUCCAGGAUUUAUGAAGGUGGCCAUUUCUGGAAAGCCAAUUUGCUGUUUCCAGUGUGUACCAUGUCCUCAGGGACAAAUCUCCAAUGAAACAGAUGCUGUCAAUUGUCACCCUUGCCCUUGGGAUAUGUGGCACAAUCUCCGACAAGAUGCAUGUUUGCCAAGGCCCAUUGAGUUUCUAUCCUACAGCGAAGCACUUGGCAUGAACUUGGCUACCAUUGCCAUAUUCUCCUCUGUUGUCCCACUUGGAAUUUUGGGAUUGUUCAUCCAUUAUAGGACCACACCAAUUGUGCGAGCCAACAACUGGUCUUUAAGCUGUCUUCUACUCAUAUCUUUGUGCCUCUGCUUCCUUUGCUCAUUGGCGUUUAUUGGAUACCCACAAAUAGAAAAGUGCCUACUCCGCCAGGUUACAUUUGGUUUGGCCUUUUCAUUGUGUAUCUCUUGUGUUCUAGCCAAAACUAUUACAGUUGUCAUUGCCUUCAAAGCCACCAUGCCAGGAAGUCAGUUAAGAAAGUUUACUGGUGUACGAGUAUCCUACUCACUCAUUGUCUUUUGUCUACUAAUCCAAGUAUCCAUCUGUGUGACUUGGCUUUCCUCUUCACCUCCUUUUCCAGAGUUUGACUCUAACUCUCAGUCAGGGGUGAUUAUUUUGAGCUGCAAUGAAGGUUCUCCUACAGCAUUCUGGUUCAUGUUAGGAUACCUUGGUCUCCUAGCCACCAUCAGUUUUAUUGUUGCGUUCUUGGCCAGAAGAUUACCUGACAGCUUCAAUGAGGCAAAGUUUAUUACCUUUAGCAUGUUGGCUUUCCUCAGUGUUUGGAUUUCCUACAUCCCAGCCUCUCUCAGCUCACGAGGAAAGUAUACUGUGGCCACAGAGAUCUUUGCCAUCUUAUCUUCUAGCUGGGCUCUUGUGGUUUGUAUUUUCCUGCCAAAAUGUUUCAUCAUAUUGUUUCGACCAGAUAUGAACUCUAAAGGACUAUUGAUAAAGAAAAACUACAGCUGA